AUGCCCGCAUCACGAUCAUCCAGUGAGCGCACUGCGCUCAUCGAGGUGGAGGACAGCCCAAACAUGGGCCUCCACACCAAGGCGGAUCCGAACAGGGCCCUCUAUGAAGCCCAGCCAAUGGCCUUCACCAACCAACCCGCCACCAUCGAUUCCCAUUCGCUGCGAUUAAUGCAACACAAGGACCGGGAAGGCCGGAUCAUUACUGAUCCCGACCGUUCGAACCCUACUCGCCACCGCCUCGAGAGACCUUUGGACACCAUCCGAUCGUUCGAAGCCGCCAUUGAGGCCCACCGCAAGCAAAAUCGGGCGUAA